CCCCCGCGCGCAGCGGUCCGCAUCCUGAACCGGAGUUUGCUCUGCCGCGCGUGCAGAGGGGAGAAGAGCGCAGCCGCGUCACCAUGUCGCCUUCAGCCUGAACUUUCUUUCCUCUUCCCCAGGAGUUUUGAUUCCCAGACUGAUCCAGUUUUCUUUCCUCCGUGAUGCCCGCCGGGAUGUUUAGCAUCGACAGCAUCCUGUCCGGACGGCCGAGCUGUAAGGAGCCGCUGCUGCUGCACCGGAGCGGCCCGGUGGUGCUGCCCGCCGGCCUCACGGACACCAUCUACACCGACUACAGCGGACUGUACUCGGCCGCCCGCGGACCGUCCCCGCCGGGGGUCCACGCUGUGAGCGGGGCGAGGAUCGGAUAUAAUGGCUAUUACUACGGACAGCUGCAGGUCCAGGGUCCCGGAGGAGGUCCGACGUGCUGCAGCGGCGUGCCCGGCCUCAGCCCGCAGCAGUGCCCCUGCUUCCCCGCAGGCUACGACAGUCCGGCCUCGGUGCUCCUGUCCCCGGUUCCUCACCACAUGAUGUCCUAUAUGAACAUGGGCAGCCUGUCUCGGACCGAGCUGCAGCUCCUCAACCAGCUGCACUGCCGCAGGAAGCGCAGGCAUCGAACUAUCUUCACCGACGAGCAGCUGGAAGCUCUUGAGGGCCUCUUCCAGGAGACCAAGUACCCGGACGUGGGGACGCGGGAGCAGCUGGCCCGGAAAGUCCACCUGCGGGAGGAGAAGGUCGAGGUGUGGUUUAAGAACCGGCGCGCCAAGUGGAGGCGGCAGAAGCGCUCCUCCUCGGAGGAGUCGGAGAACUCUCAGAAAUGGAGCAAAAAAGCAGAGAAAACGGACGGGACUAAAAGCGACGCGGAGUCCGACAGCUGAUGGAGAUGGGGGCGCGCACCGCGGCCACGUGACGUUCUGUUGCACAGGUGUACAUACGGUUUUAUUAUUGACUGUCUCUGUGACGCCUAUUUAUAUUUAAUUUAAAACUCUUUCUAUGUGGUGUGUGAAGCGCGCGCACGCACGGUUCGCCACGUGACAGUCUGUGGACGUUAAUUGUUGGUCCAGGUGCAGCUUCGCGGCGCAUGCGCUAAUGUGUAAUUGAUUAGAAACAAAGGUAAAGUGUCGCGGAAGAAGGUCGCUCUGUGUGGCUUCAGUUUGUGACGCGCGCACAUGCCAGGCGCGCUCACAGCGUUGAUCUUCUGAGCGUCAGUCUGGGUUUUGGACCUUACUGCAGAUCAAAUGUUAUUUCAAAGCUGUUUGGGUUUCAGAAGAAUUCUGACAAUUUUCUUAUAGCGAAUUAAAAUGCCACGGUGUUGGAACAAAAAUUUAUUCUAUCUGCAAAAUAAGAAACGGUUAUGCUAAGAAAUUAAAUUUACAGGAAAAGAAACUGCAGAAGAGAAAACUCAGCUAAAGCUGGUUUGUUUUUUGGGAUGAAAAUAAUGAUUUUCUUUAUUUAUCUGGUCUUGUAAAUAUGAUAAUUAUAAUAAAUCUUAUUUAAUCUCUCAAAUAGAAUGUAAAAUAAUUUCUGUCAAAUCAAAUCCCUGCACAUCAGUUUCCAGAAGUUAAAACUUGGUUUUCUCAAAAGCAUUAGUCAAAUGUUGGUAAAGUCCUUAAAACAUAACGCUGUAAGUAGACAUGAAUGUGUCAUUGUAUCUGUGAAAGACGUGAAUAAAUAUGUUUUUAUGUAAAUAUGAAAUUAAGAGGUUAGAGACGAACCUCUGUGAGGUACUGAGCAAUUUGAAGGCAAAAUGAACCAAAACUGGAACAGAAAAUCAUUUUUUAUUUGCUCAGCAACACAAACUGAAACAAAAUCAGGUAAAACUCUGACAUCAAAUAAUUUGUCUUUGCAGGUUGAUAUUUGUGUCAAAACGUUCAGCAUUAUAACAAAUAUGAAGAAGGAGCUAAAUUUAAUCUGAAUAAAAAUUAUAAGCGGCA